AUGGAAGAAUUGGAAAUUAAAAGACUUUUAGCAAAAGAUAUUCAAGGUGAAUUAAAAAAUAAGUCGUUGGUUAUGCCACCAGCAUUACUUGGAGCAAGAUUCUCGUUUGGAAAUCAAAGCACGCCGCCACCAUUACCAAGAUCAUGGCUCACAGAUGUUGUAUGUGAAAAAUCGCGUAACAAGAUUGUUUAG